GAAGCUGUCGAAGUUUUGCCGCUUGGUACUCCGGCGCGGUUAGGCGAUUAGGUUACGUAUUGUUUGAUUGUUCUGCGAGUCGGCGAAUUUCUGUUGAUGUAUCAAACAUCGACAUUUCUGCCUGCAAGCGGAUGCAACGAUAGUUAGAUUUAUCGUUUGUGAGACGCGACUUUAACAAGUCGGUUUUGAUUCAAUCGCACACCACGUGCUGAUGAUUUUUCACGCAAACAUCUAUGGACAAAAUGCCAAGAGUACGGAUGUACUCGCGCUCUGUCAUAAAUGUUCGUCCAGCCAACAUGACGUUGAAUUUAGAAUGCUCAGAAGAGCCUCUGAACGAAGCUCAGCAGAAGCUAAGAACGAAGCUCAAGGACGAUUCCAAUAGAGUUGCAGUUAUGUUACAAGAAAUGCUUAAAGAUGACGGUAAAUUAGUAUGCCAAGUGGGAAGUGUCAGUGGUUAUCAGUUUAAUACAUUACCUGCAACGCCAACACCUGCUCCAGCAGUAGUUCAGAACAACCCUCAAAUUUUAAAUGUUGCCCAACAAAACAAGAAUUCAGCACCAAUUAAAUUGAAUAUUGGUAACACAAGUGGACCUCAAGGAAAUAUCCAGCUAGUAGUUGAUCACCGUAUGGGAGUUAUUUUGGGAUCUGUUACACAAACCCAAGGCACAGCUACUACAACCACAUCUGCAGCUUCAACCGUGGCACAGCCUCAACAAGAGAAUUAUAAGUACACCAGAUCUGGGCGUAGAACAAAAGUUCUUCAAGUACAACAACCUGAUAUUAUAGAAGAGCCUGCACCCGCACCCGCACCUACAUCCACAGUCACUCGCAUAAAACAAAAGCCUACAGCAACACAGGUUACAUCUAGUAAGGGCCAUGCAGCUACUUCUCAAGGUGUGACAAGUGUCAGAAUAAAGACUGUCACUAAACAGACAAAUCAAUCAAGUGUCAAACCUACAGAACAUACUAGUAUAGGUGGAAUAUCCAUCGGCAAAAAUACAGCCAACGAACAGAUUGACGAAUCCAAAAAGAACCAGCCUGAUAGCAGAGAAUUCACGUUUAACAAAACGACUGGUGGCCGAACUUUCCCCUCCUUAGUGGUGGUAGCAAGACCAAAUUUACGUAAUAAAGACAUUCCAUCGUCAGUUGCACAAAAAGAAAGACAAGCAUUAGAUGCUAAAGUUAAGAACGUGCUCAUGUUUUCUGCCACAAAAUUCGCCGAAUGGUUGAUACAACAGGGCUUAGUAAAAUCGGAACAAUACUGUUUGCAGCACAGUUCGAACUUUCAGAAACCUAAACUCAAGUUAGGAAUGUACAGCGAUCAGGGAACGUUUCCCUAUUCUGGUGGUUACGUUUGGAUAUCCAGUUGCUGUCCCGAUAGAUUCGUCUCCGUCUUUUCCGGUUCUAUUUUCCAGGGAGCUCAUUACACACCCACAGUCUUGUUAAAAUUGAUUUAUCAUUGGGCGUGUCAAACUAACGUGCAGAACGUAAUCUCCUGGGUGAAAGUAUCCAAUAUAUACCUAAAAAACUUUUAUACAAAUCUACGUAGCAUUUGCACAGCGGCAGUAUGGGAUAAGAGUCGUAAGAUGGGCGGUAAAAAUUCAGUGAUACAAGUCGGUGUGAUUAGUUUAGGCACGACAUCGCAAGAUGGACAUUUGCGACAGGUGAAAGUCGAAGUUCUUGGCGUUUUAGAUCCGAGUACAUUGGACAUACGCUUACGUGCCUGUGAACCAAUGCAGGAUGAGGAUAGAUCAUUUAAAAGACGCUUUAAUAAUAUUCUACACCCUUUGAAAGAGUGGGUCCAUACAGACUCGAAAAUAAUGACCGACUUCACUGUCGACAAGAGCACGUUGCAGGAUAUGGGCUAUAACCACGUUGUGCAAUCUGCAUUUUCAGAACAGAACCCUAAAAAUUUCAUGAGCAAUUACCAUAUCAUGGAAUAUCUUAGAAAAAUCGUGCCAAGAAUGUUUCAGAACACAUUAAGUUUACUUAGUAGACAAAUGAUACAACAGUUCUUAGACGAAUUAAUAUGGAGAGAGAUGUAUGGCGCUACAGCGGAACGUGCGUUCGACAAUAUUAUACGACAUAUCGCGGAGCAAACUAAACUCGAUUUCAAUGAUUCUUUGCUAGAUCGCCUAUCGAAGGUAGCUGCUAAUCCAUUUCAAAAAUGGUCUUAUUCCAAUCUAACUAAUACGCCAGUUACAUCAAAAGAUUCAACUCCGGUAACUGACGUAGCAUCAUCCCAGAAAACUUUUGAGGCUGCUACGGCAAGACAAGGCGUGCGCCGAGGAAGGAAAUCCCGAAUUCAUACCGUGACAACUCCAGAACCCGAAGUAAAAAGGGUAGCCGUUGAUUCUAAGCUCAAUAAAGAAAAAGAAGAUAAAAGCGAGAAAGACUCGAAAGAGCAAAUUCAACUCCAAGAAUUAUAUUAUGCCACAAUGGAAGGUGAUAAGAAUCUGAUAUCUAAGGAAACCAGGGCUUCCUUAUAUUUCAAGUGCUUCCUCUGUACGACAGUAAUGAGAUCUAAUACCGAAGUGAUGGAACAUAUGGUUAGUCACGUACCACCGCAAUUGCCAGGUCAAUCGGAAUUGUCGGUAUGCCGAUACUGUUGCACCCCGCUUUCGUCGCAACAUCAAAUGCUUACUCAUGUGUCGGAAACACACAGCAAUUUUGGUCAUUGUGAUAAUGUCAUGGUAGUUUGCGCAAUUUGCGAGGAGAAAUUUGGAAAAAGCAAAUCCUUGAUUGAUCAUUUGUCGUUGAUGCAUUAUCCUUCCGAAAUGCCGUAUAAAUGCGAAAGUUGCGGCUAUCGUACAUCCAGUCAUAAGGACGUCAUAGAUCAUUAUUAUAAAAUCCAUGAAAAGGGCGAAGGAUUGCAAUGCCCGUAUUGCCUUAAAGUAAUACAAUUUGUGAACGAGGGCACCCCGAACGCGUCCAACGUUUACGCUUAUUUGUCGCACAUGCAAAGGCACAUCGUAAGAAGAGAUCAAGGAAAAGGCAACAAGUGUUCAAGAUGCUGUCUCUGGUUCAAUAAAAAGAGUUCUCUAACAUUACAUCAGCGGGAGUUACACGACUGUGUUUCUAAUCCAAAAAAUAAAUAUAUAGAAGCAGUACCUUAUUCUGCCGGCAAUAGUGGCAUAAUGGUCUCCAAAAACAUACCGGAGAUAAUACGAUUUUCUGUGGAUAGUCCACAACCCGAAUUACCACCAGAUGAAAAAAUACAAAAGUGGAGUACCGGACCAGUUAUGGUGAACACUUCCACCAGAUAUUUAUCCUGCCAGGAGUGUGAGGAAGAUAUUGACGAAGAUGAACAUUAUCCAGGCGAGCAGCGUUGUCAACAGUGCCGUUACGUCACGUGCUGUUGGCGCGCAUUCCAAGAACAUCAACAACAAAUUCAUAAUGAACGACCGAAGACCAGUCUGAUCGUGCCAUCUCCUUUAGUUAACAUCCCGUUAGACAAGAAACUACAAUGCUCAUGUGGUUACACGUCGAACGAUGGCAACCGAUUAGCGAAACACUUGAUAAAAUGUAAAAGAUUGUCGGCACAUCCCGUUGAAGAAUCGGCACCAUCUGGUAUGCUCGAUAGUUUAGGAUUAGUUCCGAGAACCGCAUCUGAGGAAUCUGAUGCACACGAGAAAUCCAAUUCACGCAAUUAGAUGCAGCAAACACGAGAAAUGUAAUUGCUAUUGUGAUGAAUGACAGCCUUGGCCAAAAUUAUUAGGCACCCUCGUAAUCAUCAUUAUGCUGUACUGAAUCUACAAUAAUAUCAGGAAAGGCUUCUAUUGUUUAAAAGUUGUUUACUAGAGUGUUCAUUAUUAUUACGAACGCAUUUAUGUUUAUUUUUUAUUUCUUUCAAAAAUAAAUGUUAUUUUCAAAAACUUCAUUUUAGUAGGGUGCCUAAUAAUUUUGGCCAAGGCUUAUUUAUAAAUAGAUAUAGAUGUACGAGAGAUACAUGUAUUAUAUACUUAUGACUUUUAAUCACUUAAUCCUCGGAGAAUACACAGGGUCAAUUUGACCCUUUUUUUUUGCCAGAAAAAUUUUUAGCCAGAAAUAUUAAAAAUAAAAAUACAUUUUUUUCGUAAAUUACUCUUUUCCAAAAGAACACUGGGUCAAUCUGACCCUACACAUACUUUGAUCGUCCACCAUUUUAAAUUGACGGGUGAGAUUAGCUUGAAAAAAUUUCCAGAUGUACUUGGAACAUUGUUAAAUCAAU